AUGGAGCUCAAAAUACUGCAAUUGCUACUUUUUCUGUGCAUGAAACUAUUGGUUUCUGGAGUUGGGGCUGCUGAAUUUAAGUGCAUAGAGAGGGAGAGACAAGUUCUUCUCAAGAUCAAGGAAAGCCUUACAGGUGAUCUUAGUGUGUUAACGUGGGGAAGUGAAGAAGAUAAAGAGGAAUGCUGCAAUUGGUCUGGUGUGAAAUGUAGCGACACCGGUCACGUAACCUCACUCGCUCUAUCUGAUAUGCAUUUGAGAGGUAAGAUAAGUCCUGCAUUGCAAGAGUUGCAGCACUUGAACUAUUUGUCCCUCAGAAACAAUAAUUUGACGUUCGAUAAUCUUAAUUGGCUCUCUAAUAUUUCUUUGUUAUCUGAUCUUGACUUGAGCGGCAAUAACCUUAGAAAUGUAACCAACUGGGUACAACCAAUAACAAAACUCUCUUCACUCGAGACAUUGCACUUGUCAGUUUCGGAGGGCAUCGAACUCGACGACCUUAUUCUCUCGGAUAACCAAUUAGAAGGAGAGCUUCCUGAUUGCUGGAUGAACUUUCAUGAGCUAAUUGUUCUCAACUUGGCAAAUAAUAAGUUCUCAGGUAAACUUCCUCCCACUUUAAGCACUCUGAACUGGCUUGCUAUAUUGCAUUUGGGCAACAAUAAUUUCAAUGGUGAAUUGCCUCCCUCUUUGAAGAAUUGCACACAGUUGAGAAAGUUAGAUGUUGGAGGAAACAAGUUAACAGGUACAAUUCCAGCGUGGAUAGGAACACACCUAAAAAAUUUGGCAGUUCUUAGCCUUCGAUUUAAUAGUUUUCACGGAUCCAUUCCUACAACAAUUUGCCACCUUACCGAUAUUCACGUCUUGGACCUUUCUAGGAACGACAUUUCUGGAAAAAUUCCACGAUGUUUAAACAAUUUUACUUCUUUGGUUCAGAAUGAUGGUUCAACUAUUCUCGACUAUAAUCCCACUCUGGUUGAUUACGGGGAACCAUCAGAUGACGAUGACAAUGCUUUGGUUCAAUGGAAAGGACAAGAAUCAGAAUAUAAAAGACUAAGAUAUUUGAAAGGCAUUGAUCUUUCUAGCAAUAAGUUAUUUGGAACUAUUCCUCAAGCAAUUUCUAAUUUGAGAGGUUUAGUUUUCAUCAACUUAUCAAGAAACCAUUUAACGGGGAAUAUCAUUUCAAGCAUUGGUCAAUUGGAUACAUUGGAAUAUCUUGAUUUGUCUAGAAACCAACUUUCUGGGGAGAUUCCGAAUGGCCUUGCAAAUCUACAUUUUCUUAGUGUCCUGGACUUAUCAUACAAUAAUUUGACGGGAAAGAUUCCACUAAGCACUCAACUACAAAGCUUUGACUCAUCUGUGUACGCUGGGAACAACCAACUCUGUGGAGAUCCAUUGGCAGAGUGUCCUCCUGACCCUUCUGUGACUGAUCAUGGCAAGGUAAAUAUUGUUGAAGAAGAUGACAGGUUUAUAAAUCGAGAUUUCUAUAUUUGCAUGGCAUUUGGUUUCAUCACUGGAUUCUGGGUAGUUGUUGAGAAAAUUUAUGGCCUAAAGGUGCCCCUUUUUGGAAAAGCUGAUGACUGGAGUGGUGCACGUGUUGUGACUGUUGUUGUUCAAUUUUGUUUUUGA